GGCAGGGCCGGGCGGGAAACACAACCCGAGAGAAAAUGGCGGGCCAGGAAGACCCCGUCCAGAGAGAGAUCCACCAGGACUGGGCCAACCGGGAAUAUAUCGAAGUUAUAACCAGCAGCAUCAAGAAAAUAGCCGAUUUUCUAAAUUCCUUUGACAUGUCCUGCAGAUCCCGCUUGGCUACUUUGAAUGAGAAGCUGACCGCGCUGGAGAGGAGAAUUGAAUAUAUUGAGGCCAGAGUAACCAAAGGAGAGACAUUAACUUAAGUCCAAAGCACCACAUUCACUGCUCUACAAAUGGAAGACCUCCAGAAUUUCCCUGCAAUUUCCUUUCAAUAUGCUCUUUUUAGUGUAACUGUUUCACGUGUUUAAUGAUUUUCAGUGGACCACUUCGGCAUUCUCGAGCGGUGGCGUGUUCAGUUUUUUUUUUUUUUUUUUUUUUAUACUCAAUAUUGUUCAAUGCUUGUGAUGCUGCAUUCCACAUUUUACCCCCUUAACUCUCAUGGCUGGUUUUAAACUAUUAUUGUGACUUUGCAAAAAAAAAAAAAAA